AUGGUCGUCGCUACCAUCAAAUGUGUCGUGGUGGGGGACGGUGCAGUGGGAAAGACCUGUCUGCUCAUCUCAUACACAACGAACAAGUUCCCUUCGGAAUAUGUCCCCACCGUCUUUGACAACUACGCCGUGACCGUGAUGAUCGGCGAUGAGCCUUACACCCUGGGACUGUUUGAUACCGCCGGUCAAGAGGAUUACGAUCGCCUGCGCCCGCUCUCUUAUCCACAGACCGACGUCUUCCUGGUCUGUUUCUCGGUGACCUCGCCCGCCUCCUUUGAAAACGUCCGGGAGAAGUGGUUCCCCGAGGUGCACCACCACUGUCCUGGUGUGCCCUGUCUGAUCGUCGGCACACAAACCGAUUUACGCGAUGACGCCGGAGUCCGGGACAAACUCGCUCGCCAGAAGAUGACCCCCAUCCGCAAAGAAGACGGUGACCGGAUGGCCAAGGAACUCGGCGCCGUUAAAUACGUCGAAUGUUCCGCCCUGACUCAGUACAAGCUGAAGGACGUCUUUGAUGAGGCUAUUGUCGCGGCACUCGAGCCCGCGCCCAAGAAGAAGUCAAGGGGCUGCCGCUUGCUGUGA